GGAGCUCGGCCUCGAUCCCGGUCCGGGACGCAGCAGCGCGAGCCGUCUGGGAGGGGGAUGCGCGGUGGUGGCGGCGGCGGCCCGGGUUAGCUGAGCGCCUCGGGAUCCCGAGCCACCCCGGAGCUGGCGCGCGGUCGGGGCGCGGCGGGCGGAGCGGGUCUCGUUCUCCUCACGAUGGGCAGGGACGCGCGGCGCUGCCCUGAGGAGCCCGAGCGCCGGUGAAGGCGGAGCCGCCGGCCCUCCGCGGCCAUGGCCGGCCCCGGCGCGUGGAAGCGCCUCAAAUCCCUGCUCAGGAAGGACGACGCGCCGCUCUUCUUAAAUGACACCAGCGCCUUUGACUUCUCGGACGAGGUGAGCGACGAGGGCCUUUCUCGCUUUAAUAAACUCCGAGUCGUGGUGGCCGACGAUGACUCGGAAGCCCAGGACAGGCCUGUGAACGGGGCGCACCCGGCCCUCCAGGCCGACGAUGACUCCUUAUUGGACCAGGACUUACCUUUGACCAACAGUCAGCUGAGUUUGAAGAUGGACCCCUGUGACAACUGCAGCAAGCGGCGCGAGCUGCUCAAGCAGAGGAAGGUGAAGACCAGGCUGACCAUUGCCGCCCUCCUCUACUUGCUGUUCAUGAUCGGAGAGCUCGUGGGUGGAUACAUCGCAAAUAGCCUAGCAAUUAUGACAGAUGCUCUUCAUAUGCUAACCGACCUUAGUGCCAUCAUACUCACUUUGCUUGCUUUGUGGCUGUCCUCAAAGUCACCAACCAGAAGAUUCACCUUUGGAUUUCAUCGCCUAGAGGUUUUGUCAGCUAUGAUCAGUGUGAUGUUGGUGUAUGUACUUAUGGGAUUCCUCUUAUAUGAAGCUGUGCAGAGAACAAUCCAUAUGAACUAUGAAAUAAACGGUGACAUCAUGCUCAUCACCGCAGCUGUUGGAGUUGCAGUUAAUGUCAUAAUGGGGUUUCUGUUGAACCAGUCCGGUCACCACCAUCCCCACUCCCAUUCCCACUCCCUGCCUUCAAAUUCUCCGACCAUGGUGUCUAGUGGACACAGCCAUGGGCAGGACAGCUUGGCAGUGAGAGCUGCAUUUGUACAUGCCCUGGGUGAUUUGGUACAGAGUGUUGGUGUGCUUAUAGCUGCAUACAUCAUAAGAUUCAAGCCAGAAUACAAGAUUGCUGAUCCCAUCUGUACAUAUAUAUUUUCAUUACUUGUGGCUUUCACAACGUUUCGCAUCAUAUGGGACACAGUAGUGAUAAUACUGGAAGGUGUACCAAGCCACUUGAAUGUGGAUUAUAUCAAAGAGUCGCUGAUGAAAAUAGAAGAUGUCUAUUCUGUGGAAGACUUGAAUAUCUGGUCUCUCACUUCGGGGAAAUCCACUGCCAUAGUUCACAUGCAGCUAAUUCCUGGAAGUUCAUCUAAGUGGGAAGAAGUACAGUCCAAAGCUAAGCAUUUAUUACUGAACACAUUUGGCAUGUAUAAAUGCACUAUUCAGCUCCAGAGCUACAGACAAGAAAUGAACAGAACUUGUGCAAAUUGUCAGAGUUCCAGUACCUGAUUCUAUGUACUUGGGGUCUACAGCCUUAUUUAUCCUACAGUCACAGACUUGAGAGCAAUAAACGUAUACUAAUGGAGUCCCUGACAGCUGUCUGCACCGGUCUCACAAAAACAGUCCCUCUGAUCUGACUGAUAAUUGCAUGAUUUUCGGGUGAAGUUUCCAAAGUACUGUUUACAGAGUAAGCUGUAGCUCUGCAGAUACCUCAUAGAAGACCGUUCAAGACCGUACUUCACUCAUUUGACAAAGUACCCAAGAUGCACAGGAAGACUCAGAAUUCAGUAUUUUCAUCUAAAACUACUUUUUACAGGCCUGUCAUAUGAAGUGAGUGCUAGCAAACUCAGUGUUGAAUUAUUUGGGAUUUUUGUGUCUGUGUAAUCUUGGCAUCUAGUUUCUGGAAUUGUGUUCUCUUUUUAUAAAAAUCAGCCCUCAACAGAUUUCAGAAAGUAAUAAUACCCAGAAAAUGGAAUAAGCAUGUAUUCCUACGUGUUUCAGAACUGUUUUAUUUCACAAAUAACUCUUGAUAUUUGUUAGAGUCAUAAUUUAUAAGCAAAUUUUCCAGAUCUUACUGGGUUUUGAAUCUCAAUGUUUUGAUUAUUUGUAAUCAUACCAGAAAUAUUCACAUAAUGUGGUCACUAUCAUUGAAUUAUUUAGGAAAUUUUUAAUAUAGCUCUGAAUAACAGACAUUAGAUUUAACCUUAUGAUGAUCUAAACCAGAGGAGCAAGCGGUAGGGUGUGAAGGUUUGCAUUUCUGUCUUCCCUGCAAAUCACUCUGUGCUUUAUGUAGAAUUGUCUUACGAACAGUAAGAGACAAAGCUCCCCUUUAAAGAACUACCAGCAUUGUUAGUAAUCGUUUGCUUGGUACCUGUCUUCAUGAGUACACCAGGUCAUCUGUAUGCAUCUUUCAGUGACCAAUAGAGUACCUGAGUUUAUUAAUGCCCACCACGCAGAGUACCCUGUUACUCCAGAGAGAAUUUCUGUCUUAUGAUAUGGGUUAGGGGGUUCUCUGUGCAUUACAGAAAGCUUCAAAGUACAGUCUUGAAGUUUUAUAAUAGUGCCAUAGUAUAAAAAUACAGAGGGUUGGGUAGAGAAAAUACUCUGA